AUGCCGAGCCCAUUCACAAAUCGUGGCAACUCAGAGGUUCCUCGUGCUCAGAAGGCUAAAUCUCAUUCAAAAAAGAAGCAAGAUUCGUCAUCUGCUGAUCAAAAUAGCAAAUUUGUAUCUUUUGAUAAGCUUCCAAAACCUCCGAAGGAGAUUCUUGAUAUGCCUUUGGACCAGUUUUAUGCCAAGGUAUACAUGAGAGAUCUACCUGUUAGGCCCCAGAUCGAUCCAUCAAACAAAUUUCAGUACAAAUUUGAAGUGCCUUCCAGAUUUGUUCGUCAUAAGCAUCACGAGUUCCCUGACCUUCAGGAGGAGAACUCAAAGCCUCAAGAGAAGCAGCCAACCAGCAACUUCGAGCCGGCAAACAAUAUUCUUGAGUUCAAAGUGGACUACAACACAAACUCGUUGGUCAGAGUGCCCGAGCAUCCUUUAAAGGAAUCCAUCACCGGCAUGUUCGUGUCGAACCCCCUUAUGCAUAAUCUUGAUAACGACUUCCUCUGGGACAUGUAUCCACGUGGCAAAUCAUAUGGAAAUGUUCCUUUCGGAGGUGAUAAGUCGUUUGACGGAUUCAAGAACUGGGAGAACAAGGAAAAUGAUAAAGUCAAACAGAAGGAGUCGCAGUUUGAGUCAAAGGUGAAGGAGGUCAAUGAGUUCAGGGAGACGAUGAGUGAAUCAAAAUCGUUUUACAGAAAACAGUCUACCGCGGCUCCCACAGACAAGCAGCAAAAUACUACGGCGAAGGCUGGCGGAAGACGCAAAUUAGACCGCAGUCUUCUCAAGCAAUAUCGCAAGUACAAGAAAGAAGGGUUGUUCAAGAAAAGGUUUAACAACGACGGUAACAACAACAACAACAACAACAACAACUUCUGA